GACGUCAGGGGCUCGAGGAGACGACGUGAUGACGGCGGCGGAGCGAAUGAAUGAUUGCGUUUGGAAUCGAGAGCGGAGGACGUCGCGGCGAUGAGGGACACGCGGGGAUCGUCGUGGGCAGGCGAUUUGGGGAGAGGGGGCGAGCCUGGCGAGACGGUGGAUUCUGUCGGGGGGCGAGCCAGAGUCGACGCGGGAGCGAGACAGCGGCUGGGGCGGGAGCGGAAGCUGGAGCUGGGAGCUAGAGACAGGCGAAGAAGUGCGAGAGCCGAGGAGGGCAGUCGAGAGGGAAACUAUCGCGGCGUCGCCUCCCACGCAGGAGGAUGUAGAAGCACUGAACCAGCCAGGACUCGGGUGUCGGAAUAUGGGCGGUGCGUGCGGUGCGAUUCUGCAGUCGGGUGCGGUGCUGGCUCCUUGCGCUGGCGCUGGCACUGGCGCAGCAAGACGGGGCGUGCGUGCGGUGUGUCGCUGCUGAUGCUGGCGGAGAUGUGUCUUGACGAGGGAGGAGAGGGAGGGAGAGAGGGAGAGGGAGACGGCCGGAGGGAUAGGAUAACGAAACGGCGCGGCGGAUUGUCGUCGCUGGACGCUGGUUCGAGGUCGUGGUCGUGGCAGUGGCAGUGGCAGUUGUCGUUGGGCGCCGGCGGAGGGAUGUUGUGCUUUGCGGGGGGGGAAAGCUCGAGGACGCGCCGUUAUUCGUUCUUGGAGGCGGGAGGGAGACGACAGUGGAGGAGUCGACUCUCAGGGCAGGCCAAUCGAGUUGGGCCCAGCGCGGUGCGAUGCAGUCCAGGUUGUCAAGGCGGCUGGUGCGUGCUUCGGGGCUGCUAGGUGUUUGCUUUGGGGGGUCUUUUGGGCGUUGGCGCGCUGGAGCCGGGCAGUCAACUGGGGCUGGGGUGGGUUGGAGUGGGCUGGUGGUGGAGUGGGCGGUGAAAAUCAG